CCCCCGCACUUACGGCCGGCAGCGGCGCGGGGCCCGCCCGCUGAGGGCCCGGGGACAGCAGUGCCCGCGCCCCGCCGGCCCCGCGCCCAGGCCGCGCCCCGCCGCCACAUGGCCCAUCCCCGCUGCCGCCCGGACCCGCACCGGACCCGGCUCCGGCCCGCCCCAGCCCUUCCGCCGCCGCGCCAUCACUUCCUCCGCCCCGGCGCUCUGAGGCAGGGCGGGUUCAGAGCCGGCUAUGGCCCCGGGGUCACCUGCGGCAUCAGCCCCGGCAUCUCCCCGGUUCCCGGCGUCGUCCCGGGGUGCCGGUCCCGCCGCGCACCGCCGGGUCGCCAUGCCGCGUCUGGAGGUGGACCGGGCCUUCCCCCGCUCGGCGCGGGGCGCGCUGAAGAUCGCCCGCACGCUGGUGGCUCUGGCCGCCCUCGUCUGCUUCGUGGCCGCGGGAUCGCACCAGGCCUACACGGCGCUGGCCAGCAUGGAGACGGCGAUCACCGUCCUGUUCCUGCUGCUCUACCUGCUGAGGCUCGACACGCGGAUGCGGUGCCUCUUCUGGCCGCUGGCUGAUAUUUUCAACUCGAUGAUUGCAGCAUUGUUCCUCCUCGUUGUGAGCUUGUUUGCAAUAAUAAUCAAGACCAACAAGGGGACAUUGGCUGGAGGAGUAUUGGGUCUUAUAUUGCUUGUUCUCUGCCUUGCCGAUGCGAUUCUUCUUUUCAAGAAGAUUAGCCGUGAUAAAUCAAGAGGAAGGAGUGCUCCUGCCAAAUAGGAUUGAUGUGUUAGUGAAAGAAUGAGUUCUCCAUUCUGUUUCCCCACUCUCUUUUAAAGAAUUUGUAUUUUCACAUGCACAUUUUUGAAUUUCCUGCUGUUUCUGCAGGUAUCCUUCAUAAGGUUUCAUACUUUUCCAAAUGCAGUUUCAGCGUUGCAAUUUCACCAGUUAAAGCUUCAGAGAAAAUUCUCAUGUUUUUCUAAAGUUAAUUACAUUUUUAUCUGUAUGAAAAUUAUUUUCAUGGUUGUCUUCUUUCUCUAAUAAAAAGAAAAAACAAA